AAUCGACAAGUUACAAAACAUCAAUAUACAAAUUGACAAAUCACACAGUUACAAGUUACAAAUUGACAAGUUACGAAGUAAGAAUUUUGACCCCGUUGGCUUUCCAUAGAUAGCGGGUUGCUCUUCUUGCUAAACCGUCAGGUAAACAAAAAAUAUGCAUGGACUAUUUUUACAAACGUUUUGCGUACAAUCACCGGUUUCUUACUUAUCGGCUUGUUUACAUUGCACAUCUCUAAUUUAAAACGAUAACAUGCCUGCUCUUGGAUACUGGAAAACAAGAGUGCUUGCACAACCAAUCAGACUAUUACUGAAUUAUGUUGGAGAAGAGUUUGAAGAUGUGCAUUACUUGAUGGGAGAAGGUCCUGAUUUCAGCAAAGAAGCCUGGUUAUCUGUGAAACAAACACUGGGUCUCCCUUUUCCUGACCUACCGUAUUAUAUAGAUGGUGAAGUAAAACUGACACAGAGCAAUGCCAUCCUCAGAUAUAUAGCUAGAAAGUAUGAUUUGUUAGGAAGAACAACACAAGAGGUAAUAGACUGUGAUGUUAUGUUCGAAAAUGCUGUAGACUUUAGAAACGCUACCACAGCAGUUACAUAUAACCCUAACUAUGAAAAACUGAAAGACAAAUAUUUGGAAAAUUUACAGCCAAAGUUGGAGAGUUUUGAGAAUUUUCUCGGUGAUAAAUCUUGGUUUGCAGGGAACAGUAUUACAGUUUGUGAUUUCCCUAUAUAUGAACUACUUGAUGUACAUGAAGUCAUGUUUCCUAGAAUUUUGGACAAAUUUCCUAAUUUAACAGCAUUUACUGCCAGAUUUGAAGCUUUGCCAAACAUUAAGCAAUACAUGAGUUCUGAUAAAUUUCUAGCACGUCCUAUCAACAACAAAUGGGCUGGAUUUAUAGGAAACUGAAUUGUUUAAUCUGUACCGUGUGUUUUACACUAAAAGUGCUAUAACUCUGCUUGUGAAAUACAGACAUAUUGUAAUUAUCAAUGUUUUAUUAGCAAAUGAAUUGCAUUAAUCAAAUAGUAAUGUUGAUAUACUAGAGUCCUUCGUAUCACAUUGAUGUCAUAGACAAGGUUGGUUCAUUUAACCCAGAAAAUGCUUCAGACUCUUUUAUAACCCGAAUUUUAGAAGAAUGUUAUUUAUAAUUUUGCUUACAGUCACUGAUGAUAACGUUCGUAGCAGUUCUGUAUUAACACCCUUUGAAUGAAUUUUAACAAAGAUUUCUUUAAAGAUUUACUAUCAACACAAAACUCAUAAAUGGGAAAAAAUAUAUAAGAUUUUCCUUAAUUGGGAAUCGUGCACAUUCGCAUACGGCGAUUUAGAGUAGUUGUAUGAUUUUUCAACAUUUGAAACUAAUUUUUUUUUAGCUGGCAUCUGACAACCCUCAUCGGUCCUUUGAUUUCUAAUAAUUAUAAAAAAAAAUUUUGCAGGUACAUAUAAAAAAAGCAUCUUAACUCUAAUUUCCUUUGUUUUCUGUAUGAAUACAAUGUUAAUCAAUAGUCAAAAUGAUUUUGUAAUGAAUCUUGAAUAUAUAGAUGGCGUCUCCUUUUAUGUUGCAAAUGGUAUCUAAUCAUUUCAUAACGCGGUUCCCCAUGAUUGUUCCAGUGGUCAUUGCAUGAUCGUUCAAAUUAUUAUUGCAUGAUCGUUCAAAUUAUUAUUGCAUGAGCGUUCAAAUUAUUAUUGCAUGAUCGUACCCGUUGCCAUUCCAAGAUCGUUCCAGUGGCCAUUACAUGAUCGUUCAAAUUAUUAUUGCA